AUGGAGAGAGCCAGGCCGGAGCCGCCGCCGCCGAUGCCGCGCCAACCGCCGCGGCCCACCCCACCGCGCCCGUUGCGCCCCGCUCCGCCCGCGCAGCCCGUCGAGGCCGCCACCUUCCGGGCCGCGGCCGCCGAGCGUCCCCAAUCGCCCGGCCAGGCCGCGGCCGCCAUCGCCGCAGUGGCCUCAUCGUGCGGGGAGGCCGCGGCGGCGGGCGCGCAGGCCGGGACGCGGCGCCUGCUGCAAGUGAAGCCGGAGCAGGUGCUGCUGCUGCCGCCGCCCGGGCCGCUGUUACCUCAAGCUCCCGACGAGGGUGCGGUCGCCGCCGCCGCCUCCUCUUCCGCCUCCGCCUCGUCCGCGCAGGCGCGUCUGCUGCAGCUGAGGCCGGAGCUGCUGCUGUUGCCGCCCCAGUCCGCGGCCGACGGAGGCCCUUGCAGGCCCGAGCUGCGCCCCAUGCAGCCCCGGACGCUGCUCGUCAAGGCCGAGAAGCAGGAGCUGGGGGCGGGCUUGGACCUGUCGGUGGGAUCCCGGAGGACCACCGAGGCCGGCCCCAGAGCCUCCAGGGCCGCCAAGUUGGAUGGCCCCGGGAAGGCCCUCGAUGGCCGCCGAGGGGAUGAGAAGAAAGCCAAGCUGGAGGCCGAGGAAGCCUCGAGGGAUGCGCUGAAAGGCGGGGAAGGCAGGAACCUGCUGGCCAUCGGAGAAGGAGUCAUUAAGACCGAGGAGCCAGACAGACUCAGGGAGGACUGCAGGCUGAGCACGGAAGCCGCAUCCAAUGGCCGCCACGGCAGCAAGGAUGGUAUCCUGGCCCAGCCGCCCGGUGCUUUCGGUCCGCACCAGCAAGACCUAAUUCCUUUGACUCUCCACACGGUCCCUCCUGGGGCCCGUAUCAAUUUAGGGCCUCCGCCUUCUGAGCUGAUACGGUUGUCCAGUCCCCUGACACCAGUGCCUAAAAUGCAGUCCUUACUGGAGCCUUCUGUAAAAAUUGAAACCAAAGGUCCCCUCACCGUGCUUCCCUCAGACGCAGGAAUACCUGAUACUCCCUUCAGUAAGGAGAAUGGUCAUGUGAAGCGACCCAUGAAUGCAUUUAUGGUUUGGGCAAGAAUCCACCGACCAGCACUAGCCAAAGCUAACCCAGCCGCCAACAAUGCAGAAAUCAGUGUCCAGCUCGGGUUAGAGUGGAACAAACUCAGUGAAGAACAAAAGAAACCCUAUUAUGAUGAAGCACAAAAGAUUAAAGAGAAGCACAGAGAGGAAUUUCCUGGUUGGGUUUAUCAGCCUCGUCCAGGGAAGCGAAAACGCUUCCCUCUAAGUGUUUCCAAUGUAUUUUCUGGUACCACACAAAAUAUUAUCUCUACAAAUCCUACAACAAUUUAUCCAUAUCGCUCACCUACCUACUCUGUGGAUCCCGGCCUUCAGAACACCAUCACUCAUCCAGUUGGUGAAGCCCCACCUGCUAUCCAGCUGCCCACACCUGCAGUCCAGCGCCCAAGCCCCAUCACACUUUUCCAGCCCAGCGUCUCCAGCACUGGCCCGGUGGCCGUUCCGCCUCCAAGUCUGACGCCCCGCCCAUCACUCCCACCUCAGCGCUUUACUGGGCCUUCCCAAACUGACGUUCAUAGGCUUCCUUCCGGAACCAGUCGCUCUGUGAAGAGACCCACUCCAGUCUCCCUGGAGAGCACCAGCAGGAUUCCAGCUGGUGCAAGUACUGCCCAUGCCAGAUUUGCAACCUCGCCUAUCCAGCCUCCCAAGGAAUAUGCCGGCGUUUCCAGUUGUCCCCGAAGCACUCCAAUUCCCCCAGCUACUCCCAUUCCACACUCACACGUCUAUCAGCCCCCGCCCCUUGGCCAUCCAGCUACACUGUUUGGGACGCCACCACGAUUCUCCUUUCAUCACCCUUACUUCCUUCCUGGACCUCAUUACUUCCCGUCAAGCACAUGCCCUUAUAGUCGGCCUCCUUUUGGCUAUGGAAAUUUUCCAAGUUCAAUGCCAGAAUGUCUUGGUUACUAUGAAGACAGGUACCAAAAGCACGAGGCUAUAUUUUCAGCUUUAAAUAGAGACUAUCCUUUCAGAGACUACCCAGAUGAGCACACACACAGUGAAGAUUCUCGAAGCUGUGAGAGCAUGGACGGGCCUCCUUACUACAACAGCCAUGGCCACAGUGGAGAGUACUUGAAUCCCAUGCCUCCAUUGGACAUUGGAGCCUUGGAGAAUGUCUUCACAGCCCCAACAUCAGCUCCCUCUGGCGUCCAGCAAGUCAAUGUCACUGACAGCGACGAGGAGGAAGAAGAAAAAGUGCUCAGGAAUUUAUAAUUUAAAACAAAUAUGCACAGAAAAUAAACAUUUCUUAAAAUA